GCCGCGGGCGGCGUGGCCGCGCGCCCCACUCGCGGCGGCGAUGUGACCGGGGCGGCGCGGCGCGGCCCCGUCCCGGCCCGUGGCGCCGUCCCGCGGCGCGGCUCCCUCCCGCGGCCGCCGGGCGCCCCCCCAUGCCCGCGCACGGCCGCCCGCCGGCAGCGGCUGACGCCUGCGGAGCGGCGCGCGGGGCCCGGGCGGGCCGAGGCGGCGGAGGCGGCGCGGCGCGGCGCGGCGAUGGCUGCGCACCCGGGGCUGCUGCUGCUGCUGCUGCUGUGCCUGGCCGCCGCCGCGGCCGCCCUGGAAGAAACCUUGAUGGAUACCCGGACGGCGACCGCUGAGCUGGGCUGGACUGCGAACCCGCCUUCAGGGUGGGAAGAAGUCAGCGGCUACGACGAGAACCUGAACACCAUCCGUACGUACCAGGUGUGCAAUGUCUUCGAGCCGAACCAGAACAACUGGCUCCUCACCACGUUCAUCAACCGGCGCGGCGCUCACCGCAUCUACACGGAGAUGCGCUUCACUGUGCGAGACUGCAGCAGCCUCCCCAACGUUCCCGGCUCCUGCAAGGAAACCUUCAACCUCUACUACUACGAGACAGACUCUGUCAUUGCCACCAAGAAGUCAGCCUUCUGGACGGAGGCACCCUACCUCAAAGUGGACACCAUUGCUGCUGACGAGAGCUUCUCCCAGGUGGACUUUGGGGGCCGGCUGAUGAAGGUGAACACAGAAGUGAGAAGCUUUGGGCCCCUGACCCGCAACGGCUUUUACCUGGCUUUCCAGGACUACGGGGCUUGUAUGUCUCUGUUGUCAGUCAGGGUCUUCUUCAAGAAGUGCCCUAGCGUGGUGCAGAACUUUGCCAUUUUCCCAGAGACGAUGACAGGAGCAGAAAGCACCUCGCUGGUGACUGCCCGGGGCACCUGCAUCCCCAACGCUGAGGAAGUGGAUGUGCCCAUUAAACUGUACUGUAACGGGGAUGGGGAGUGGAUGGUUCCCAUCGGCCGCUGCACUUGCAAGGCUGGUUACGAGCCGGAGAACAACGUGGCUUGCAAAGCCUGCCCGGCGGGGACGUUCAAGGCCAGCCAGGGCGCGGGGACCUGCGCGCACUGCCCUGCCAACAGCCGCUCCACGGCCGAGGCCUCUCCGGUCUGCACGUGCCGCAACGGCUACUACCGGGCGGACUUCGACCCGCCGGCGGCCGCCUGCACCAGUGUCCCAUCCGGGCCCCGGAAUGUGAUCUCCAUCGUCAAUGAGACGUCCAUCAUCCUGGAGUGGCACCCGCCGCGAGAGACGGGGGGCCGGGACGAUGUGACCUACAACAUCGUGUGCAAGAAGUGCCGGUCUGACCGGCGCGCCUGCUCCCGCUGCGACGACAACGUGGAGUUCGUACCCAGGCAGCUGGGCCUGACGGAAACCCGAGUCUUCAUCAGCAGUCUCUGGGCACACACGCCGUACACCUUUGAGAUCCAGGCUGUAAACGGUGUUUCCAACAAGAGCCCCUUCCCGCCGCAGCACGUCUCCGUGAACAUCACCACCAACCAAGCCGCGCCUUCCACCGUGCCCAUCAUGCACCAGGUGAGUGCCACCAUGAGGAGCAUCACGCUGUCGUGGCCCCAGCCGGAGCAGCCCAAUGGCAUCAUCCUGGACUACGAGAUCCGCUACUACGAGAAGGUGAGCCGGAUCUGCACGCCCGACCUCAGCAGCACCGUGGGCUCAAGGCCAGCAACGGACCACAACGAGUACAACUCCUCCAUGGCCCGGAGUCAGACCAACACGGCGCGCAUCGAGGGCCUGCGGCCCGGCAUGGUCUACGUGGUGCAAGUGCGGGCCCGCACCGUGGCCGGCUACGGGAAGUACAGCGGGAAGAUGUGCUUCCAGACGCUGACGGACGAUGACUACAAGUCGGAGCUGAGGGAGCAGUUGCCUUUGAUCGCGGGGUCCGCUGCUGCCGGCGUGGUCUUCAUCGUCUCGCUGGUGGCCAUUUCCAUCGUCUGCAGCAGGAAGCGCGCUUACAGCAAGGAGGCAGUUUACAGCGAUAAAUUGCAGCACUACAGCACCGGUCGAGGGUCUCCAGGGAUGAAGAUCUACAUCGACCCCUUCACUUACGAGGACCCCAACGAGGCUGUCCGCGAAUUUGCCAAGGAGAUCGAUGUGUCCUUUGUGAAGAUUGAAGAAGUCAUUGGAGCAGGGGAGUUUGGAGAAGUAUAUAAAGGACGUCUGAAACUGCCCGGCAAGCGGGAGAUCUACGUGGCCAUCAAAACGUUAAAGGCCGGCUACUCAGAGAAGCAGCGGAGGGAUUUCCUGAGCGAGGCCAGCAUCAUGGGGCAAUUUGACCACCCGAACAUCAUUCGGCUGGAAGGGGUGGUGACCAAAAGCCGGCCUGUCAUGAUCAUCACAGAAUUCAUGGAAAACGGGGCCCUGGACUCUUUCCUGCGGCAAAACGAUGGGCAAUUCACAGUAAUCCAGCUGGUGGGGAUGCUCAGAGGAAUUGCUGCCGGGAUGAAAUACCUUGCAGAGAUGAAUUAUGUUCACCGUGAUCUGGCUGCCAGGAACAUCCUGGUUAACAGUAACCUGGUGUGCAAAGUGUCAGACUUCGGCCUCUCGCGCUACCUGCAAGAUGAUACAUCUGAUCCCACCUACACCAGCUCGUUGGGUGGGAAGAUCCCCGUGAGGUGGACAGCCCCGGAGGCCAUCGCUUACCGCAAGUUCACCUCGGCCAGCGACGUCUGGAGCUACGGCAUCGUCAUGUGGGAGGUGAUGUCCUUCGGCGAGAGGCCGUACUGGGACAUGUCCAACCAAGACGUUAUCAACGCCAUCGAGCAGGAUUACCGGCUGCCGCCCCCCAUGGACUGUCCGGCUGCUCUGCACCAGCUGAUGCUGGACUGCUGGCAGAAAGACCGCAACACCCGGCCUCGUUUCACCGAGAUAGUCAACACCCUCGAUAAAAUGAUCCGCAACCCGGCGAGCCUCAAAACUGUGGCUACCAUCACCGCUGUGCCUUCUCAGCCACUCUUAGACCGCUCCAUCCCUGAUUUCACUGCCUUUACCUCAGUAGAAGAUUGGCUAAGCGCCAUUAAAAUGAGCCAGUACAGAGAUAACUUCUUGACAGCUGGCUUCACCUCCCUCCAGCUCGUUGCCCAGAUGACGUCAGAAGAUCUCCUGAGAAUAGGGGUAACUUUAGCUGGACACCAGAAGAAGAUUCUGAACAGCGUCCAGUCUAUGAGAGUACAGAUGAGUCAGUCUCCGACCUCAAUGGCAUGACGUCUCUGAUUUGAUGGGGAGGGGACGGGGAGGGGAGCAAUGGAGGGUUGGAGGUGGGAGGGGAGGAACUGACGGAAGAAGCAGUGAAACGUUUGGAGAGGUUGAAUCGUUGUCUGAGAACUGUAACUGCAGACAAAGGAGAUACCUGGGACUCAUUUCUAACUGGUGACUUCCAUUUCUCGCCAACAGAAGCACACUUACCAAUGUCAUGGGGAACAGCAUAUAAAUACAUAUAAAUAUGUACAAAUCAUAUAUUUAAAAAAAAACAUGCAAUGAAGACAAACCAAUAUGUGUUGGGGAAAAAACCCCAAUCCCUAGAAACCAGACUGCAAUCCCACCACCAGUGAGCAGUAGUCAAAACUGAUAAGGAAGAAGGGGCUGUUGGGGAAGGGAGAGGCACAAGAAUUGAGUUUCCAGUCCAGAGAAACCACCUUCAGCAACGAUGUUCCUUUUUUUUCUUCUUUUGCUCUCCUUCCCUCCCCCCGGCCCUUCCUGCCUCACCCUGGUCCUUUUCUCUGCUCAUGAACUGUGUGGAAGUGUCUUCAGAAGUCUCCACAGCUACCUACUGUCAUAUCCAGAUGUCGUUCUGUCAACUACCAAAGGACUUCACUGACCACUGCAUGGGGGAUCCGAAUCAAUCCAGUUAAUGUCUUCAUAUUGAAGAAGAGAUGUACCUUCAAUAGAAAACCUUGUUUUUCUUUUGCUUGCAUUUUUUUGCAAAAAGGAAAAAAAAUCCAUCAUGGAAAACAGAGAAAGGUGUUCCCGUGUGUGUGUGUGCGCUUGUGCGCGUGUGUACGUUGUCAACUUCCUGUGGACUCACUGCUUGUCCAUAACAGAAAAUCACAACCGACCCUGACGUGAAUGAACAGUCAGUUCCAAACCCUCUAGGGGAUCUGGGGUGGUGGGGAGGGAGAAGCGGAUGGCUUUGAUUUCUGUCUGGAUCCACUGCACCGGAGAGAGUGGGAAAUAACAGGGAAAAGCCAACCAACCAAGCAAAGCAAACGCUCAGCAUUUUGCAAACGGGGAGGAGGAAGCAAAGGACCAGUCAGCGCGGAUGCUGUAUGGGCUGGGACUCGAGGAGACGCAGUGUGGUUGAUACUGGGUUGUUGACUGCGGAGGCCGCUGGAGAAGAAGGAGAGAUGCUCUGGAAAACAGACUGAUAAGUCCUCCAGAGCCUCAGUGAUCCGCAGAAGAUGGCUAUGGCGAACUUUUUCCCAUCUUGUGGACCUAAGGAUUUUGAUAUUAAAUUACAGACUUAGGUUUCAUGGCUUCAGAGGGGUACGAGUCCAGCGAUCCAGCCCGGCAGCGACAGAGACGGGAUGCAGCGGGGCUCGCCGCCGCGCCGCCCGCUUCCUUUUCCGCCGGCGGAGCGCCCCGCUCCCCCCGCCAGCCACGAGAUGAGCUUGGACGUCUCCCACCGGGCUCCCGCGCCGAGGAGCCUCCGUGCCGCCGAGCCGCGGCGCGGGGAGCCUCCACCGCUGCAGCAUGCACUGUGCCGGCCGGCAGUACCCUGUCCUGUACAUAACCAGUGAGAUGUCUGUAAAAGAUUUCGCCCGUUGUAAUUUUUUUUGCCCCCCCCCCAAUUUGUUGAUUGUGUUGAAAUUGUCGGAGUUUGUAACAGUAACUUUCAGAGACUAUUGUACUAAAGAGAAAAAUUGCACUCAAUAAAAAGGAUGAAAUAA